AUGCCAUUAAAGAAUAUUAAAGUAACACCAGGUACACAAGCUAGAUAUAAUAAUGAAAUGGUGGAACAUGUUGAUAAAUGGAAAAUAGAUAAUAGUGUUGUUAAUAAUGAUCAUUCAGAUACUUCUGUGAGAUGCCCAUCUGAAACAUCAACUUUAUCAGCUGGUCAAGACAUAUGCAGAAUUUGUCAUUGUGAAGGAGAGAGUAAUGGCAAUGCUCUUGUUGCUCCUUGUUAUUGCUCGGGAUCUCUUCGUUGGGUUCAUCAGCAAUGUUUACAACAAUGGAUCAAAAGUUCUGAUAUCACAUGCUGUGAAUUAUGCAAGUUCCAAUUUAUUAUGCAUUCUAAACUUAAGGCAUUUAAUCAGUGGGAAAGUUUGCAGAUGACCCCUUUGGAGAAAAGAAAACUUCUUUGCAGUGUAACUUUUCAUGCUGUCGCAUUAACAUGUGUUGCCUGGUCACUAUAUGUUUUAAUUGAUAGAACAGCAGAAGAGCUUGAAAGAGGAAUGUUAGAAUGGCCAUUUUGGACCAAACUAAUUGUCGUGGCUAUAGGUUUCUCAGGCGGUGUUGUUUUUAUGUACAUUCAGUGUAAAGCUUAUGUCAACCUUUGCAAAAGGUGGAAAGCUUACAACAGAAUUAUUUAUAUUCAGAAUGCUCCAGAAAAACCAGCUUUGCCUUCAGACCUUUCAAAAUUGCAAUCAUCUAAAAUCGAAGCUCCCCCUCAAGUAUACAUUUGUCCGAAAACGAAUUCGGCAAUUCUUAAUGUUCCAUCACAUUCGCUUUUAUCUACAUCUGACAUAAAUGGUAAAGAUGAUGGAUUAAAAAAUAAUGACAUAAAAUUUAGGACUUUACAAGUUCUUAGCACACAUUGUAGUUUAAAUGUAGGCUGUGAUAAAAAUGAUGUUUUAAAGACUGGAGAGAAAGAAAAAGUUAUUUGUAAAAAAGAAAUUGAUGUAUCAUCAGAUGAAGGAGAAACAUAUGGACUUUUAAAUAUAUAG